UGCGUUCGCGUUGAGGAGACCUCGUUGCGGAGAUCAGGCCUGACCCGGAUAAGUCCCAGGAUAUUUUGCCGUCCUUUCUUUCCAUGAUGUGAUUCUUCAGGCCAAGAAGAAUAAGAUGUGUCUGUAAUUAAAAUUACCUCAUCCUUGGUGCUUUUCAACCCAGGGUCACUAUAUGUAACUGACGCAGUUAACAUUAACCAUAUUUCUUGAAGAUUAAUUAGUUACCCUGGACAUGCUGCUCUUCUUUACUUUGGGAUUGCUCGUACAUUUUGUGUUCUUUGCCUCCAUCUUUGACAUUUAUUUUACAUCUCCUUUGGUUCAUGGAAUGACUCCUCACUUUACACCAUUACCGCCUCCAGCAAGAAGAUUAGUGCUCUUUGUCGCUGAUGGCCUGCGAGCAGAUGCACUGUAUGAAUUAGAUGAAAGUGGGAACUCUAGAGCGCCAUUUAUUAGGAAGAUCAUAACGCAUGAAGGCAGCUGGGGGGUAUCCCACACACGUGUGCCAACAGAGUCUCGGCCAGGUCAUGUUGCCCUGAUAGCUGGGUUUUAUGAAGAUGUCAGUGCAGUCGCCAAAGGAUGGAAGGAAAAUCCUGUAGAAUUUGAUUCUCUCUUUAAUGAAAGCAAAUAUACAUGGAGUUGGGGAAGCCCAGAUAUCUUACCUAUGUUUGCCAAAGGUGCUAGUGGAGACCAUAUAUAUACACAUAGUUAUGAUGCCAAAAGAGAGGAUUUUGGUGCCCAUGAUGCAACAAAAUUGGAUAGCUGGGUUUUUGAUAAUGUUAAGGACUUCUUUCAUGCUGCCAGAAACAACCAGUCUUUGUUUUCUAAAAUAAAUGAAGAGAAAAUAGUUUUUUUCUUACAUUUAUUAGGACUAGAUACAAAUGGACAUGCUCAUCGACCAUCAUCAAGGGACUAUAAGGACAAUAUUAAAAAAGUUGAUGAUGGAGUGAAGGAAAUCGUGUCCAUGUUUAAACAGUUUUAUGGAAAUGAUGGGAAAACAACAUUUAUCUUUACCUCUGACCAUGGAAUGACAGACUGGGGUUUCCAUGGGGCUGGUCAUCCUUCAGAGACUUUAACUCCUUUGAUCACUUGGGGAGCUGGAAUCAAGUAUCCCCAGAAAGUAUCAGCUCAACAAUUUGAUGAUGAAUUUUUGAAAGAAUGGAAAUUGGAGAACUGGAAGAGGCAAGAUGUCAAUCAGGCUGAUAUUGCACCACUGAUGGCUUCCCUUAUUGGAGUUCCUUUUCCCCUCAAUUCAGUGGGAAUCCUUCCAGUAGAUUAUCUUAACAACACCGAUCUCUUCAAAGCAGAGAGCAUGUUUACCAAUGCAGUACAGAUUCUUGAACAGUUCAAGGUGAAAAUGACUCAGAAAAAAGAAGUUACUUUACCAUUUUUGUUUACACCUUUUAAGUUGCUUUCUGAUUCUAAACAGCUCGAUAUUUUAAGAAAAGCACGAUCUUGUAUAAAACAGAAAAAAUUUGAUGAAGUAGUCUCCCUUUGCAAGGAGCUAAUAGAUCUUGCAUUGAAAGGAUUGUCCUAUUAUCACACAUAUGACAGAUUCUUUUUGGGCAUCAGUGUUGUUACUGGUUUUGUUGGAUGGAUAUCUUACGCUUCCUUGUUGAUCAUCAAGUCUCAUUCCAAUCUGACAAGAGGAGUUAGUAUAGAAAUUAAGAAAUCAAGCCAUCUCCUGCCAUGUAGUUUUGUAGCUAUUGGCGUUUUAAUAGCAUUUUUCCUGCUGAUUCAAGCCUGUCCCUGGACUUAUUAUGUAUAUUGUUUGUUGCCAGUGCCAAUAUGGUAUGCGGUUCUAAGAGAAUUUCAAGUUAUUCAAGACCUUGUUACAUCACUGUUGUCCUUUCCUCUGAGCCAUUUUGUUGGCCACCUAUUAGUCUUUACCCUUGGAAUUGAAGUACUAGUUCUCAGUUUUUUCUACCGCUAUAUGCUUACAGCUGGGCUUAUUGCAUUUGCGGGUUGGCCAUUUCUCACGCAGCUGUGGACUCAAGCAAAGAUUACCUCACUGAGUUGGACUUUCUUCUCUUUGCUGCUGGCUGCGUUCCCACUAAUGCCGGUUGUAGGUCGAAAGCCAGAUAUCUCUCUAGUAAUGGGUGCGGGCUUGCUGCUGCUUCUGCUAUCCCUGUUUGUUGUAACAUCUCUCAUGAAAAGAAGAAGUAGUUUUAUAAAGGAAGACCUAUGGGUACAUGGAUUACAGAUGCUGAACACAGUGCUUUCCAUGUAUGUUGUAUAUAGCACCCAUAGUAGUCUACUCAAGAAACAAGGACUGCCUCUUAUAAAUCAAAUUGUAAGCUGGGCAACAUUAGCAUCUUCCUUAGUUGUUCCACUCCUGAGUUCUCCAGUUAUCUUUCAGCGAUUGUUCAGCAUACUUCUUUCCUUGAUGUCAACCUACCUACUUCUAAGCACAGGGUAUGAAGCUCUCUUUCCAUUAGUGUUGUCAUGUUUGAUGUUUGUCUGGAUAUACAUGGAACAAGAAACCCUACAGCAUUCUGGUGUUUCCUAUAAACAAAAGCUCACCAGUAUCCAAUUCUCCUAUAAUGCUGAUAUAACUCAGUUUCGGCAGCUCUAUCUGGAUGACAUCCGUAGGGCCUUUUUUCUUGUUUUUUUCUUAGUGACAGCAUUUUUUGGAACUGGAAAUAUAGCCUCUAUUAACAGCUUUGACCUUGCCUCUGUCUAUUGUUUUCUGACUGUGUUUAGUCCUUUUAUGAUGGGAGCCCUGAUGAUGUGGAAGAUUUUAAUCCCUUUUGUUCUUGUUAUGUGUGCUUUCGAAGCAGUUCAGUUAACUACUCAGUUGUCAUCAAAAAGUCUUUUUCUUCUCGUUCUCAUCAUAUCAGACACUAUGGCUCUGCAUUUUUUCUUCUUGGUCAAGGAUUAUGGCAGCUGGCUUGAUAUUGGAACAAGCAUCAGCCACUAUGUGAUCGUCAUGUCCAUGACCAUCUUUCUAGUGUUUCUCAAUGGCCUGGCACAGCUGCUCACGACAACAAAACUCAGCCUACGUGGCAAACAUAAAAGCCAUCUCAUAUGAUGUUGCUGGAGCCGUCGUUCAGCAUCUGGAUGCUGUUUCUCCUCCUUCUAAACUAAAAUCCCAUCAAGGAUUCAAUAAGAAGAUGGAUGUUGCUGAAAAAGUGUGUGCUACUACUGUAAUGAAAAUGUGUACUUGGAAACUUGAACUUACAGGUUAUGCGGAAUAAAGGAGCUUCCCUUUUCUUUUAGCUUUCACAGGCAUGAAAUAGUGAUUCUGUGGAAAAGCAUAGGAAAACAUUGUUCUUUUUUAUUUUUUUAUUUUAGUUGGCAGCUCUUCUCAGUUUUGUUCAGAGCACCUGCAACAAUCUGGUUCCCAACCCUACAGCUUCUCAUAUCCUCACAGGAGAGCAGUUGCCUGUGGGGGCAGUCCUGGUGGCAUCCAAAAUCAUAGCUGUGGCUGAACUUGAAGAAAUCACCAGGUGGCACCAUAAAUAUUUAUCAGCUUUCAGCACUGGUUUUGUGGUAGUCCUAACUAUUCAACAUCAUCACUAGAAAGACAAUCAGGGUGUGUUAUUGCCAAUUUACUGGAGCUUCAGUAGAAAAAUGUUUGCAGGUGUUUGCCCUUUGUCUUUGGUACGCAGUAAUGCUGUCUUAUGCUGCUCAGUGCUGGUUCCAGGCUUUUCAUUGUCAACCAGCUGGAUGCAGGUUUAACCUUCACUUCUUCAUGUUUGGACUAUCAUGGAAUUUCUGGCAAUACAAAUAUGGAAAAUUCUUUUUAUUUGUGUCUUGUCUAUAGGAAAAAAAUUAAAAGUAGUUUUUAAUUGUAGACUCAACAGCUGUUACCCCAUAGCUUUUUCAUUUAUUAUUUCGACAGGUUUCUUUAAAUCAGUGGUAAAACUUUCUGACAAUAUCAUAAGAAUUUGUGUUGAAAUUGUUAUUCCUCCUAGUUGUGAGAUUCUAGCCCAAAGACCUAACAUCUCUUUAAAUUAUAUUUCCAUUUGUAAACUAAUUCUAAUGAGCAAAAUGUUUGGGGAAGAAUUUUUUUUGGACUGUCCAGAAAGAGACCUUUACAUAUCACUGGAGAGUCUGACCUUUUUCCCUUAGUUUGCCCGUUGUUGGCUGAUACUAAGCUUUGCUGGUAUGAGCCCCAUUCAAAAAAAUUGCUUUUGAAUUAAAUUAUAGCUUUGUUAAUUCACAUUAAUUAUAAGGAAGCCCUCUACAAAUUACUAGAUUUUUGAAAUUGGCAGUAAGUGAACAAAUAAAAUUUAGAGGACUCA